AUGGUGACUCCAGCGCAGCCGCCACAGGCCUCUACGCCCUCAUCGUCAUCACCUGCUGGUGAGUUACAGCUUCGUCACCUGUUCCCUUGGAUCUCUCCUGAAGUCGCUCAGUUGGUCUAUGACGACCAUCUGCCACCUCACGACCUCGGCAAGCUUCAUCGCACCAGCAAGUCUCGCGCCGAGCCUGACGCUGCCUCUGGCAUCUUAGUCAACAGCAUUCAAGUCCAGCCAGCCCUCCCUUCGUCCGACACACCAGACGUCAAGAGGUUCCUGUGCCAAAUCCCAGACGUGCAUGCCUUCGCUCAGGCUUGGACAGCCUACACGGCCCUCCAUUGUGCCAGCACCGGCGAUUCCGACCUCUGUGCCAGCCUCGGUUCUUUCCUCGUAGCAGUCGUCGACCAUGAUACCAGGUGGCACUGGCCGGCCGUAGCUGAGUACGUCCUCACUGUCUGUGAGCGUCAUUUUGGCUAUGCUUCAGCCAGUGACUGGGCUGUCGACGAUCUCAGCGCUUGGCAGAAAGCCCUGGGAGGCAUACCCCGCUGCAACGUGUCAACCUCCAAAUCACCAGCCAAGCCUUCAACAGCAGCGUCUUCCACUGACGUCCCAGCCUCAUCGUCCACCAAGCGCCAGCACCAUGACCUCAGCGGGCAGACUCAGGUCCAGCAUCCCACUAGGUCUCCGCGACAGACUCAGGUCUGGCUUGUCGACACUGUCGUCGACAGCAUGUCUCUGCGACAGACUCAGGUCCAGCACGUCUCUCCUGACGACAACACUAUGUCUCUGCAACAGACUCAGGUCCAGCAUCCCACUAGGUCUCUGCGGCAGACUCAGGUCCGGCUUCAUCUUCCUCCCAUCCACCCCAACACCACACUCGAGCUUGACGCAUUUGACCCCACCACGUCACCUGCCCGCAUCAGCUCCAUGCAGCUCCAGUUGCUGGCGUGGGAGCGCCUUCUUCUGGACUACCCAGACAAGCGCUACUGCACGCAGAUGGCCAGCAUGAUUCAACACAGCUGUCUCCUUGGCUAUGAUGGCCCUCUCCAUCAGGCCAAUCGCCACGUUGCCAACCUGCCCAUCGACGCCGACGGCCAUGCUCACCUUUGCUGUGAGAUUACUGCUUGCCUCGCCGAGGGUCAGCUCACCAUGGUACUGGCCACCUCAGCCCUUGUCGAGUUGCCGAUUGGUGUUGUUCCCAAGCCUCGCUCCAUCAAGCUCUGCACCAUCCACCACCUAUCCCACCCCCAGCACCCAGCAUCCUUGGCUCUUCCAUCGGUCAAUGCCAGCAUCAAUCCUUCCUUCAUCUGCAUCCAGUACGAGUCCGUCCGCCAGCUCGUCGACUUUGUGUGGUCCAACCCUAACUGCCUCCUCUGGAAAGGUGAUCUAGAGGACGCUUUUCGCCACGUUGUGACGGCAGAGUCCGAUGCAUACCUUCUCGGUUUCCAGUAUGACGGCAUCCGCUACUGCGAGAAUGCCCUCACCUUUGGUGGCAGCAGCUCGCCGUUCCUGUUCAACCUGGUGGCUGAGUUCCUCCAUUGGGUCGUUGCCUCUUGCCUGCCCAACACGUGGCCAGUCAACCACUACCUGGACGACACCUUUGGCGCCAUUCCGGCCAAGGCUGCCCACCUGGCCCUCCUUCCGGUCCACGCCCUAGCCCUGGCCUCCACUGCCCUUGGCCUCUGCCUGUCGGUCAAAAAGACUUUCGCCAACCUCACGCGCCUCGAGGUCCUCGGCAUCGACAUCGACUCUGCAGCUCAAACUGUUGGCAUUACUUCGGAAUGUCAGGCACACAUCCUCUCUCAGUGCCACCACCUCCUUAGCCACAGCACUGCAGACCUUCUCAACAUGCAGCAUAUCGCUGGCCUCCUGCAGUUUGUGUCACAGGUUUUCCCAUGCAGCAAGGCUUUCCUGCGCCGCCUUUACAGCUGUACUCGCCGCCAGCACUCUGCUGGUCGCUGGCGCAUACCCAGACCAGCCCUCGCCGAGCUCGCCUGGUGGGUCACCAUGCUGGAAUCCUGGUCUGGCAUGAGCGUCCUCUCCCCUUCUCCCUUGGUGGUUGCCCACAUGUGGACUGAUGCCUGCCCUCGCAGCUAUGGUGCCCACUUGGGACUGGCCACUGACACCAUGGCCAUCUUCUCGCGUGAGGUCCUGCGCUGA